GAAGCCGAAACAAUCCAGUCCAAGACGGGCACCAUGUGCUUCUGCUUACAGAGAAGGUGAUAUGUGAUAUACGUUUUGCUGUACACUUGUUUCAAGCCUCUAAUAUUCUCGUAACAAAGCUAAAACAUGUCACGGUCACUGUUACGACAGCUGCUGCGCUGCUAUCAAGUCAAGUUAGCGUGCAGAUGCUCUUCGUUGGCGACUCUUCAACGCAACAAUUCCCAUCUCAGAUCCUCCACUCCCGCGAAGUUUGCGAGUACAGCCGCUUUCGUCCCCGAGCGGAAUUUAAAUUCCUGUACCCCGGAAGAGAGUGCCCCGGUUGAAAUGAACGUCGACGACUUUUCGCAACUAGCAACUUCGGAAGAAAUUAGGAACAGGAUCCAUCUGAUCCUACUGGAGUACGUCAACUGUAGAGAUACGAUUGGCAGGGUACCGUCGCAACUUUCACAGAAUGAUAUGGAAGAGCUCCUAGCAAUAAAAUCGUCCGCGGGCCGGGCGAAGUACUUCAAUUACCUCUUCAAGUCGGAAAUGGCUGGAAAGGCUGACAGAAGACGCAGAGAACAAAAGAGGUUGGCACGGCUAGCGGAGAAAGAAGAAAAGCGCCAGAAAGCCAUCGAAGACGGGAGUAUAAACCAUAUUCAGUACGGCAUCGAAAACACGAUAUUCCUGUUCAUCCGUCCCCCUAGCGUGGCAAUGUUCUACAACUACAGACAAAUGUACGCAGCGUUAUUUGGACAAACAGUAGUGUACGACUGUGACUACGAACAUAUCAUGCAAAAGCGAGAGAUCAUAAACGCCGCAGACCAGCUCCAAGAAGUGUACUCAGCCAAUCGUGCGCACUCCGAUCCGUUUAACUUAGUCUUUUGCAACCUGAGAGCCGAGAGUGAGUACAAGGCACGGGUGUUGCGUGCCCUGCAUCACCUGGAGGAGCCGACGUGUUUGAUAACGAGCACGGAGAAAAGCUACCUGGACAUUUAUCCGAAGGAAAGGAUUGUGUAUCUCACCCCUGACGCAAAGAAGACUCUGACGUACAACCCUGACGACAUCUACGUCGUCGGAGCUAUUGUUGACAAAACUAUCCAGAAGCCAGUGUCUUUGGCGAAGGCAAAGCGAGAGGGACUUCGGAUGGCGAAGCUUCCUCUUGACGACUAUUUGCCAUGGGGUACAUCUGCUUCGAAGUCACUUCCACUGAACAUUAUCAUGAAGAUCCUUCUUGAGUUGAAAGUGUCAAGGGACUGGAAUAAAGCCCUCAAGUGCAUUCCUACAAGGAAAUUGAAAACUAAUAGAGAAUUAGAAGAACAGGCACUGAUGGAGGAAGUGAAGAAGAAAAAGUUAAUGAGGCGCUCCGUGAACAUGAAAUCGAUCAUGAACGAGACGUGAAGAGCAACUGGUCUGUUGUAGAAAGUUUGUGAACUUCAUUAUGACACGACAUGUAAGAUGUGCUUAUGACUGAUAGUAAACUAAACUGGUAGUAUAACCACUUUC